AUAAGCUUAAUCUCAUCCAUCCUCCUCUUCCUACAGCGUGCCUGAGCAGGUGCCGGUGUUACCAUCCCAGACUUCGCCUUGCUUGCGGCUGGGACCGCACUAUAGAAUCCUACCGUCGAUCUCAUCCCAUAACCAUGCCCGGUCAAACACAGUGUAAUGUUGCUAGUGUAGUCCUAUAUUUCGGUGCCUAAAUAAUGGACUCGUCCCACUUAGCACGAUGUUUGCUUAUAGUAUAUCUCGGUUUUUUUCAUCGUGUUCUUCUGUUAGGUGUUUACUGUCGUUUCUAUCUCUUUCCUUUUAUUGAGCAGAAUAGUCGCGAUGAGAGGUUCCGUGAUUGGGGGUGUCUUCCCCUUAUUCUUCUCGCAGGCCGUACAUGGCUUGGGAGUUCCUGCACCAUACGCGCAGCCGAGGGAAGCCAGUGAGGAAAUACUCGCUGCACUGGCCGACCCAGAGCAGCCUGAGACCGGUAUGGCCUUUUUCGAGCAAUACAUUGACCACCAAAAUCCGAAACUCGGUACGUUCAACCAGACCUACUGGUAUAAUGCAACUUCGUGGAAGGGCCCGGGGUCUCCCGUCGUCUUGAUUACCCCCGGGGAGACCGCUGCUACGGGCUAUGAGCUAUUCUUGACCCCUCAGGUCAUUUCCGGCCUCAUCGCGCAGCAGGUCGGUGGUGCCGUUGUCUUGAUCGAGCAUCGGUACUGGGGCAACAGCACGCCGUACGAGGCCCAAACGACAAAGAACCUUCAGUAUCUAACCAUGGACCAAUCCAUCGCCGACUUCGUUCACUUUGCUCGAACUGUUAAGCUACCGUUCGACGUAAACGGGACGGGAAUAUCGAAUGCAUCAAAGGCCCCUUGGAUUUGGAGCGGUUGUUCCUACCCCGGCGCGUUGGGAGCCUGGACCGAGAGUAUCGCUCCCGGAACAUUUUGGGCGACACAUUCCACCAGUGGUCCUGUCGAGGCCAUCUACGAUUUCUGGCAGUACUUUCACGGAAUCCAGCAGGGGAUGCCUAAGAACUGCUCUAAAGAUUAUAGUGCUAUUAUUGAUCAUGUGGACCGCGUGCUCACUCUCGGUUCUCCCAAAGAGAAAACAAACUUGAAGCACCUUUUCGGACUCCAGGACCUUUCACAUAACGAUGAUGUGGGCGCAGCGAUUUCCAGCCCUAUCGGAAAUUGGCAAGGCUUGGACUUUUCCUCUGGCUACUCUCCGUUCUACCAAAUGUGCGAUGCUAUCGAAGGCUUCUUCCCGAACUCGACCAACUCGACCAGGCCAUCUAAUAGCACGAGCUCAUGCGGAGUCGGUCUCAGGAAAGCUCUUCCGAACUAUGCCAGAUGGUUUAAAUCCAAAUUCCUGCCUGGACGUUGUACUGGGCUCGGCUCCGGAACUGCAUGGCCGAACGAUCUCGACGUAGGGUGUUUCGACACCCAUAACGCCUCGAGCCCGAUGUACACAGAUCUAUCCCAGGCGAACCCGUUCGACCGUACUUGGCAAUGGAUGACAUGCAACGACCCCUUUUCCUGGUGGCAGACCGGCGCCCCAACCAACCGUCCAACCCUCUUCUCCCGCCUCGCCGACCCCAAGUACUUCCAACGCCAAUGCGCGCUCUCCUUCCCGCGGGAAGGCAACCACACGUUCGGCAGCGCGCAGGGCAAGACCGCCGCCGAAGUCAACGCCGAGACCAAAGGCUGGAAGCUGCCCGAGUACCUGGACGCGGAGUCGCGCGUGCUCUUCGUGAACGGCGAGUUCGACCCCUGGCGCGCCGCGUCCGUGGCCAGCGAGUCGCGGCCGGGAGGCCCGCUGGCCUCGUCGCCCGACGUGCCGAGCUUGAUCGUGCCUGACGGCCACCACUGCAAUGACUUGUUCACCGCCGACGCGCUGAUUAACCCUGGUGUUAAGAAGGUGCAGGAGGAGAUCGUGGCGCGCAUGGUUAAGUGGACGGGAGAGUUUUAUGACCGCGCUAAUACGUCGUCGCGUCGGAGAUAUCUGCCUCCGAGAGGUUUGAGGACGGCGCUGUAGGUGGCUGCGAUAGGGUAGGUAAUUGAUGGGUGGUUGGAUUGGGGGAUAAAGGG